AUAUUUGCUUUAAGCGACGAUUCUGUUCAUUAAAUCUUUGUUUGCUGCACUUUUCGGAUUUUUUUCAAACUCUAAUAACGAUGGCACUUGACUGUAUUUGCUAGUAGUUCUUCAUAAGGUUGUCUGACUUACGUUCGCUGUGGCCAGAAGGAAGCUGGCAGAGGCCACGACCAAGAGGCAGACGUUGAGUACUUUCAUGUUACUGGUGGAUGGUUUCACUGGCGAAUGUUUGCUGACCGAUCCGUGGGGUUUGUUUAUAUAGACGAUUGGCCGGAGCCAUAUCAGUUAAGUGGCGAUUCGGAGGUUCGAUUUGCACAUACACUUUGGAAAACCAAUGUGCCGGCGAUAUCGUGGACACACAAAGGAAGAUAGCGAGAUAGUCAUAUAGCCAGAUUGUCCAGAUUGGACAGGGAUUCCUCAGAAAGAAAGGGGGAGAAAGCAAACAAAGGAGACAAACUGUGAGAGAAAGACAGAGCGAGAUCAAGACAGUGAGCGAGAUGGAUGUGGAGGAGAACUACGAAAACGCCGCCGAGAUGCAGAACAUGAACAUGAAUCUGAAUCUAAAUCCGAAUCCGAAUCCAAAUUCGGACAGCCAGCAGCAGCAGCAACAACAGAUGCAAUGUGAACCGUUAUUCGGGCUCACAACCAAUACAACAACAACCACAAAUCCCAUGAUGGCCAUUCCCCUGCCCGCGCCCCCAGGGCCGCACUCCGCUCCGAACAACAGUCCAAAUUCGAAUGCGAAUCCCAACUCAAAUCUGAGUCCCAGUCCAUCCGCAACAACCGCUAACGCAUCCGCAUCCACGAUCAAGUGUCUACCGACGAACGACUUCGAUAUCGACUCCCUGUUGCUGCAACAGUUCAGCUGUAUGGGCACCACGGACCACGAAGACCUCAUCAGCCAGUUUCAGAGCCUAAUGAACAACCAGAUGAACCGGGAAUCGGCCAGGUUUUACCUAGAGAUGAGUAACUGGAGCCUGCAGACGGCGGUGGGCUGCUAUCUGGACUUCUGCAGCUUACAGUCGCUGCCUUCGAUGAAGAUCGUCCAGGAGAAGCAAGUGAAUGCUCAGCAGCAAGCGUUUCAGCUGCAGAACGAUGGCACCGAGCGCUGGCCGAACAACUGCUAUCUGACCUCGCCCAUCCAGACGCAGCGCAUCAAUGUGCCCGCCCUACGUCCGGGCGAAACUUGUGAUAUCCUGGCCGAUAUGAUGCCCACGCAGCCGCCGACAAUGUGGCGGCUGUGCACUUCAAAUGGCUGGUACUUUGGCGAUGCCAUUUGGAUGAUACCGCCCGGUACGCAGGCCAGCCAGGACGAACUGCAGCAGCGGAUGGUGCAGCUGAUUACGUCGGAGGUGAAGCCGGAUAUCUAUCCGCAAAUCAACAUCGUGAUAACCGCGCACACCCAAUGAGCGCGGCGUCCAGCAUCUAGCAUUCGGCAUCCUCCUCCGCUUUCGAGCGGGGUCUUCGGUCCCAAAACUCAUCGAUAGCAUUUUAAAAAAAACCUGCGCGAUAUGACUAGAAUUUCCCUUUUCCCUCUUUUUUCAAAUGAGCAUACUGUUGUUCUCAGUAGUUGAUUUGUAUACAGGAAAAAAAAUUUUUUUUAUGUAGUAGCCAACGCCAUACAUAUACUACACAACCCCAUGUUUAACUAGAGUUUGAGUUCGAUUGCAGGACCCCCCUUUCGUUACUCCUCCCACUAUUCCCACUCCUUAAUUUCGGUGUCAGACAGAUCAGCUUUAUAUAUAUAUAUCGAUAUGUCGCGAAGGGAGCGAAGGGUGUGUGCGGCAAUAGGGAGAAAUAAAUUGAAAUAAAUUAAGUGAAAGUGAGAAUAGGAAUCGUGUGGCCACAUUAAGUUCUUCUGUUAGUUUUAGGCGGUACUGUUGCGUGUGCGUGCGAUUGUUUAAAUCAUAAUUGAAAUUUUUUUUUUCCAAUAAUUUAAAUUCCUAUGUUUUGAGUAAUCGAGAAGCAUGAAAGCUAAGAAACGUGUAACAAAAUUAGAUCUAAGUGUUUUAUUGAGAAAAAAUAAGAAUGAAGCAGAAGGAUUAAG